UAAAACAAAAACGAACUGUCAUCUAAUUACUCUAUUGAAUUGUCUCGGGAACAAAACUCAAGUCUUUAAACUCCGAUCACAUUUCAAAAUUUCUUAACUUUAAUCUGUUUCUUGACGAGUUUCGAUUAUUCUGCCAUUCUUUCUUCGAGCGCCGGAGACAAAGGAGAGAGAGAGAGAGAUAUAUAUAUGGAGACGCCGAGGUCUGUCGGCGAAGCGUCGACGACUAAUUUCGUGGCGGCGCGACCGUCGGCGACGACUGAUGAUGCGGUGACGAAGAGAGGAUGCGGUUUGGCUAACCUCAGGUGGGUCGGUCUAGACAAAGAGGAGCUUCGUCGGAGGCUAGCGAUGCCUGAGUAUCUCCGUCUCGCCAUGCGAGACUGCAUCAAGCGGAAAGAUUCCACCGCGAUUCCUGACCACUUGCUACUUCCCGGCGGCGCCGCGGCGGAUGUAGCUCCUCAUGCACCGAUGGUUGUCUUCAUUAACCCGAAAAGCGGAGGUCGUCAUGGACCUGUUCUUAAAGAGAGGCUUCAACAGUUGAUGACCGAAGAACAGGUAUUUGAUCUCACAGAAGUGAAGCCCCAUGAAUUUGUACGGUAUGGUUUGGCGUGUUUAGAGACAAUUGCAGCUAAAGGAGAUGAAUGUGCAAGAGAAUGCAGAGAAAGAAUGCGCAUUAUGGUGGCAGGUGGAGAUGGUACAGUUGGUUGGGUUCUUGGUUGCCUCGGUGAGCUUCACAAAGAUGGCAAAACACAUAUUCCUCCCGUUGGAGUUAUCCCUCUCGGCACAGGCAAUGACCUCUCUAGGAGCUUUAGUUGGGGUGGUUCAUUCCCUUUUGCUUGGAGAUCUGCAAUGAAAAGAACAUUACAUCGAGCAACAAUGGGUCCUGUUGCUCGAUUAGACAGCUGGAAGAUUGUAUUGUCGAUGCCAUCUGGAGAAGUCGUUGAUCCUCCUUAUUCUCUGAAGCCUUCAGAGGAAACUGCACUUGAUCAGGCUUUGGAUGCUGAAGGUGAUGUGCCUCCUAAAGCAAAGUCUUAUGAAGGAGUGUUCUACAACUACUUUAGCAUAGGUAUGGAUGCUCAAGUUGCAUAUGGAUUCCACAAUCUUCGUAAUGAGAAACCGUAUCUAGCUCAAGGCCCUUUUACUAAUAAGAUUAUUUAUUCAAGUUACAGUUGCACUCAGGGUUGGUUUUGCACGCCUUGUGUCAGCAAUCCGGGUUUAAGGGGACUAAGAAACAUAAUGAAAAUCCACAUUAAAAAGGCAAAUUGCUCCGAAUGGGAAGAGAUCUUGAUCCCUAAAAGCGUGAGAUCGAUUGUGGCAUUGAAUCUUCAUAACUAUGGAAGUGGAAGACAUCCAUGGGGUAAUCUAAAACCAAACUAUCUAGAGAAGAGAGGAUUUGUGGAGGCGCAUUGUGAUGAUGGACUGAUAGAGAUUUUUGGUUUGAAGCAAGGCUGGCAUGCGUCAUUUGUAAUGGCUGAGCUAAUCUCGGCUAAGCACAUUGCUCAGGCGGCUGCGGUUAGAUUUGAACUAAGAGGAGGAGACUGGAAAGAUGCGUUCUUGCAAAUGGAUGGUGAGCCAUGGAAGCAACCGAUGAAAACUGAUUAUUCGACUUUCGUGGAGAUCAAGAAGGUUCCUUUUCAAUCGUUAAUGAUCAACGGUGAAUGAUCUGAUGUAGAAGGAAAAAAAAAAAAGAAGAAGAGAAAAGGCUGGUUCUUUUUGUAUUUCUGAUCGAUCUAUUUAGUUAAAGUAGUGAUCUCUGUCUGCUGCUGUUGUGUGUUAGUACUGAUGAAGAAUUUACUUUGUGUAUUUACAAAAAAGUUGUUGUAAUCUAUUGAUGAAGUUUCAAUUAUUUGAAAGUGUAGAAUCAAUUUUGUAGAUUCGAUGUCUCAAUUUAUGAGUCCUCUAAUUUUUGA